UCCCGGCACCGGGCAGUAUGUCUCGCCGGGCCCUCCGGAGGCUGCGCGGGGACCAGAGAGGACAGGAAGAGCCAGGGGGGCCCCUGGAGGCAGAGGAAGAGCUGCUGAGCCCAGAGCCUCGGAGUCUGAGAUUACUGGAGGAGAGAGGUGUCAAUAACCCCUUCCAGCUGAUUACAGAUCUCGAUGGGGACCCUCCAAGUGACCCAGAUACUGGGCAGGUGGCUCACUCCAAAGAGAAUGCGGAAGAAGAAUUAGAAAAGGAUGGCAAGGUCGCUGGCACACAGGAGAUACUACCCGGCAAAACCAAGAAAAAGAAGAAGAAAAAGAAAGGGAAGAAGCUUGCCAAUGCAGACGGUCUGCCUGACGCAGGGAUUGAUGACGCGGAUGAGCUUGGCGAUAUAGACCGCAUAUUGGACCACAUAGAAAAUUCCAAUGGAUUCACCUAUCACAACCAGAUUAGUGGCGUCUCGGACACGCGACCCUUGCUAUAUGUGGAGCACAGGAACCUGAGUGCAGAGACAGAGCUGAAGAAGUACUUUGGUUCCCGUGCGGUCAUGGGAGAUCAGAGGCAGCGGCAGAGGCAACGCCCACAUCAGCGAAGCACCUGGCUGACCUCACCAAAGAACACGUGGCCAAGAUACAGUAAGACAGGCAUUACUAUGAGCCUCCUGGAGACCCGGCGGGGAGUCCAGUAUUUUACAUUUGAACACCAGCGAGAUUACCAGCAAGUGCAAUUCAAAUUCCUGGAUGCUGUGGAGUCCAUGGAUCCCAAUAACAUUGUGCUGCUCCUGCAGAUGAACCCAUACCAUGUGGAUUCCCUGCUCCAGCUCAGCGAUGUCUGCCGUCAACAGGAAGACCAGGAAAUGGCUCGAGAUAUAAUAGAGAGGGCACUGUACAGCCUGGAGUGUGGUUUUCAUCCUGUGUUUAGUCUCACCAGUGGGACAUGCCGAUUGGACUACUGCCGACCAGAGAACAGAGGCUUUUACCUUGCACUUUUCAAGCACCUUUACUUCUUGGAGAAGAGAGGCUGUCCGCGAACGGCCCUUGAGUUCUGUAAACUCAUCCUCAGCCUUGAUCCAGAAAACGACCCCCUCUGUAUGCUGCUGCUUAUUGAUUUCCUGUCACUGCGAAGCCGCGAGUACAGUUUCCUAAUCCGCAUGUUUGAUGAGUGGGAGACUCAUCGGAACUUAUCUCAGCUCCCAAACUUUGCAUUUUCUGUCCCCCUGGCCUUGUUCCAUGUCGGCCAGCUGGACGACCUUUCUGAGGAAGAAAAGCGAACGUCCACCGAUCGAGCAAACUCCCUCAUUCGGCAAGCUCUGAUAAUGUUCCCAGGAGUUCUCUUGCCGCUUUUAGAUUCCUGCGGAGUUCAGCCAGAUGCCGAUGUCACUAACCAUAAGUAUUUUGGUGAAAUGGUAAAGUCAAGGCAGACGGCUGCCCUGACCCAGCUUAUUUCUUUAUACAUCGAACGAAGUCAUAGUCUUUGGAAGGAAGCUGCUGUAAUUUCCUGGCUGGAGACAAACGUGCACGAGGUCCUCCAUCUUCUGAACAGCGACAACCCCUUCAUACAGGAGUGUGAACAAAGGAGGAAGGUGCGGUAUCAGAGUGCACCCAGAAACAUACUUCGUCAUAUCAUCCUAUCUGAGAUCAAGGGGGUUAGCAUAGCAAUGCAUCUGGAAGUGUCCACGCAGCCUGUGCUAGGAUUUGAUCCUCUUCCUCCUGUUGAUUCCAUUGUGUCCUACUCCAGGCCGGAAAGGACUAGCCGGGCGCCUAAUGAAGGAACCUUAUCACUUUUCUUCCGAUCUCUUUUGCCAAACUUCAAUCUGCAGGUUGGGGAACCUAAUCAGGACGGAGAAGCAGCAGGAGCUGGCAGGGAUUUAAAUCGAGGUGUUAAUCAGCUUAUGGCGGCCAUGAGAGACAUGCUGGCAAACAUCCAAUUCCAGGAGCCCCCGCGUGAGGACAAUCCGGAUGAAGAGGCAGAUGCAGAGUGGGACUGACUCUCGUGUCCAUCUGCCACUUGUCUGCUAUAGUUCUAAAAUAAAUUCUAAUAGACUUUC